AUGCUUCUGGCGGGCGCCGCGCAUGCGGCGCUCUUCCCGGCCAAGGGACCUGUGCAGCAGCUGAGUGGUGCGAAUUUUGACACGGAGGUGCUGAAAGUCGACAAGCCCACGCUCGUGGCGUUCACGGCGCCGUGGUGCGGGCACUGCCAGCGCCUGGCGCCGCAGUACGUGCGCGUGGCGACGGAGCUCGAUGGCGUCGUGAAGAUCGCGAACGUCGACUGUGAGGACGCGGGCUCCAAGGCGCUGUGUGCGCAGUACGGUAUCCAGGGCUUCCCGACGAUCAAGGCGUUCCCCGCGACGAAGAAGCGGAUCCCGCGCGACUACACCGGCGAGCGCAAGGCCAAGGCCAUGCUCGACUACGCCCUCGAUAUGCUGCCGCCCGAGGCGGUGCGCAAGGUCAGCGCGGGCGAGCUCAGGCCGUUCCUCGAGAAGAACGCGGCGCAGCCGAAGGUCGUGCUCGUCACGCCGAUGGCGAAGACGUCGCCGAUGUACCGCUCGCUCGCGCUCGACUACCGCGGGCGUGUGCCGUUCGCGCACGUGUACGCGAACAAGGAGGGCGCGCUGCCCGCGGCGCAGGCGCACGUCGAUGCGCAGCUCACGCAGGAGCGCCUGCCGGGCCUGUACUUUGUGUCGUCGUUCGACGCCGAGACGGGUCGCGGCAGGGCCGUGCGGUACCGCGGCGCGAUGCGCUACCGCUUUAUCAAGCUGUGGGUCGACGAGCAGCUGGGUGGCGAGGCCGCGGCGGCCGCGCGCGCAGAGCGCGAGCGGGAGGCGCAGGCCAAGCGCGACGCGGCCGCGGCGGAGGAGGCGCGCGCGCGCGCCAAGCUGGAGGCGAUGCAGGCGAAGCGCGCGGACGCGGACGACGAGACUGCGCGCCUCGCGCAGGCGUUUGCGGGGAUGACGAGCGACGACGAGGAGGUGGAAGAGCUGCUGCGCCAGGAGCGCCAGAAGCGGUACGAGAAGCGCCGGAGGGGCGAGAUGGAGGCGCUUCUGCGCGCGCGCGAGAAGAUCGUGAAGGACGAGCGCGUGGAGAACGCGAACGACCCGCGCACCAAGGAGCGGCUCAUGGACGAGCUGCAGUCGUACGUCGGCGACAAGUGGAGCGCGCGCCUCGCGGAGCGCGCGGACCGCGCGCGCGUCGCCGUGGAGCAGGCGCUGAUGAACGAUCCCUCGGACACGAAAGGCGCGCUGACGCUCGCGGAGCGUGAGAUGAUCGAGGGCCUCGGCGAGGACCAGCGCGAGCUCGAGGAGCAGCUGCGUGCCGGCGCCGACGCCGAUGGCUUUGCGCUCUCGGACGAUGCGGUGGAGGCGAUGCAGGAGCACCUGCAGAUGCUCGCGGGGCUCAUCCACACGAUCCAGAUGCGCAUCGAUGGCCGCGAGCGCGGCCAGAGCGACGAGCAGAUCGCCGAGGAGCUGUUCCAGAAACUGGCGCGCGAGCACGACGAGCUCUAG